AUGGAAGACCUCAGUUUCAUUCCGGAUAUCCCGUGUGGGCCCCUGGGCGAAUAUAGAAAUAGCGCCACGUUUAAUUGGAAACGCUUGAAGCUAUCUCUGGAGGGAGACAUUGAAUUAUUAAAACUUAAGUACAAAAUAUGGCAAACGUUAGAAAGAGAUCCCCUAUUCGCACACAGUAAUGUGACACCUCCUGUAGAAGAAGAAAAGCGAAUAACCCAGUUGCAGUUAAAACGAAUAAAUGAGUACAAAUUUUAUACUGCCGAGACUUUCAGGGCUAGCUAUUCAAAACGGACUAGAGCACUAAUGACAAUAAACGAGGCGGUCAAUUCUUACAACCCGAGUGUGUCUGUAAAAAUGGCAAUUGGCAUAUAUCUGGUAUCAAAUGCAUUGCUCUCACUUGGAACUGAAAGGCAUUUGAAAUUUUAUGAAGCUACAAUAUUAAAUCGAGAGAUUCUGGCCAGCAUCGCUUUGACGGAGAUCGCUCAUGGUUCAGACGCGAAGUUGAUGCGCACCACCGCCACGUACGACCCGUCCACAAGGCAAUUCGUCAUACACACGCCGGACUUCGAGGCAGCUAAAUGCUGGGUUGGUAAUCUAGGUAAAACAUGUACGCAUACCCUGCUGUUUGCGCAGCUGAUUACACCGGAUGGCACCAACCAUGGUCUGCACGGGUUCUUGGUACCUGUGAGACACCCGGCCACCCUGGAGGUUUACCCUGGACUGAUCAUCGGAGAUAUGGGGGAGAAAAUCGGCGUCAACGGCAUCGACAACGGGUUUAUCAUGUUCAAUCACUACCGGAUACCGCGAGAGAAUCUGCUCAAUAGGACCGCUGACGUCACGGAGGAUGGAGUCUACGAGAGCUCAUUCUCUGACCCUUCUAGAAUUCUUGGUGCAGCGCUGGAGAACUUAUCUGCAGGUCGGGUCGGCAUCAUGCAAGAAAGUUGCCACUCGAUCGCGAGUGCUGUGGCGAUAGCGUUGCGGUACGCAGCAUCGCGCCGUCAGUUCGGCGAGCGGGACAGAGAGAUACCGCUGAUCGAGUACGAACUGCAUCAAUGGAGACUAUUCGGGUACGCGUCGGCGGCGAUCGUGUUCCGCUUGUACGUCGAGAACUUCACCAAUAUCUACCUCAGCAUCGUGGAGAAGUCAAACUCCGGAGAACGCGUCGACAAUCUGAGUGAGGCGGUAGGGGAGAUUCACGCGAUGGUUUCGUGCAGCAAGACCACGCUGUCGUGGACUGUGUUAGAGGCCAUACAACAGUGCAGGGAAGCUUGCGGCGGGUACGGCUUUCUGAAGUGCGCCCGUAUAGGCGACAUACGAAGCAACCACGAGCCCACAGUGACCUACGAGGGAGACAACAACGUUUUAUCUCAGCAGGCCGGCAAUUGGCUUCUACGGCAAUACCAAGCUGCUAUAAACGGGAACACUGUCGACUCUCCAUUGGGAACUGUCGCCUUCCUGAAGGACUACAAUAGCAUAUCAAGAAAGGCGUUCUCUUGCACAGACACUAGUCAGCUGAAGACGGUGCAAUUCAUAACGGACACGUACAAAUGGCUGUUAUGUUGGCUCCUAAAGGAAACUCACGAGAAAUACGAAGCGGAAGUAACCAAAGGCCUGUCCAAGUUCCUAGCUAAAACCAAAUCUCAAGUGUACAGAUGGAAGACCUUAACGAGAGUGUACGCCGAAUAUUUAGCUAUAGUGUUCUCUGUCCAAUCUAUUGCGAAGAAAGAGAGGGAGUUGAAACCUGUGUUGUACAAACUGUUUUAUUUGUACGGUCUGUGGUCUUUGGAUAAGCAUUUGGUAGAGUUGUACCAAGGUGGUUAUGGGAAAGGAGAUUUGAUGGCGAGGCUAUUGAGAGACGCCAUUUUGGAACUUUGCGGUGAACUGAAGGGAGAAAUGGUCAGUGUGGCUGAUGCUCUCGCACCAACUGACUUCAUUUUGAAUUCGGUGCUGGGGAAGAGCGACGGGAAUUUGUACCAGAACCUUCAAACAGCGUUGUUCAGCAAUCCGGACACAUUCGGUCGCGCCUCGUGGUGGCGAGAAGCAGUCGCCAGACCUCAAGCCAAACUAUAG